AAAACAUACCUUUUUAAUAAAUAUAAUUAAAGUUAUCAAUAAGAAGUUAUAAAAAAACGGCCCAAAGACCUCGCAGAGAAAAAGGCUAAUAAGUGGCCAUGAAUAAGUUUACAUAAGUGCACUAGCAGCAGCAGUAGUCUUCAAUUGUCGCCCCAGCAUAUCAUUAUUACCACCCGAGCUUGCUCACCAACAUUAGCGGCAUCCCUAUUAUAAAUUUAAUAAAUUCGCAGUGCUCCUCUAUAUCUAUAAGAUAGUCCGAAAGCAGGUGCUGCAAUUUAAUUUUAUAUUUCUUGCGAUAAAGCUUAAUGUUUGUACCAUAAAAUAAUGCCAUAUAAAAAAUUAUUGGAUUGAAAUCAAUCUCUGGUCUGCACCACUACACACACCAACGACCCAUCACACUAUAAAAAAAAAACACUUUUUUGUUGUCGGUAACAAAGCAUUCGACUGCCGCAGCAGAUAUACCCAACAUACUUACAUAUUUGCUUCUUCUUUGAAAAUAACCCUUUUGCAUUAAUGAAACAGACAGCAGACAUGAAAUGUGAAUAAUAUUACGAAGAAAUAAAAAAAUUAAUAAAACAAAGAACAAACAUACAACAAAACAUCAUCCCAUAAACCAAAAAGAAGAAGGCAAAGAAACAAACAAAAAGAAACUAUGAUGUUGCAUGCUUUGAUAAUUUCAUUUCGUUUAAAUUCGAUUUUAUUUUAAACGAUGGAUCGUCAUGCUUUAAAAGUUUAUUCAAGAAGAACUACGGCCACAAGAGAAAGUGAAAACACAACUGCGACAUCAAACUCUACUUAUUUGCCCACACAACCCUUAAAGGAUAAUUCCAAUAUAAGAAUAAUUAAAGUCAAUGGUGAACAAGCGCACUUAGUAGAACAAAAACAACAACAACAUCAUCAUCAGUCAACAUCAUCCCCCAGCACCAAUAACAGCAGUAGCAGCAACAACAACAACAACAACGGUGUUACCGCAAACCACUUGACAACUGCAAAAGUUGGUACUUCAACCCCAAGCACACCCAAAGCGGCAAACGGCGGCGGAGGCAACGAACGACCCCUCAAGUGUUUAGAGACUUUGGCACAAAAGGCCGGUAUAACAUUUGACGAAAAAUACGAUUUUGCCACGCCAACAGCAUCAUCACCCACACCACCACAACAACAGCAGCAGUAUCAUUCAUCGCAAAAUACAACACAACAACAACAAAGUAAUCAACUGAAGUUGCAACAACAACAGCAGCAGCAUCAUCAUCAUCAAAUACAAUUAGCCAAUUUGCGCGCAUCAUCCUCCACUACCACAACCUCCACCACAAAUACCACCCCUCAAGCACACACCACUUCCAUUUCCAUUGUUGGUGUCGGCGGUAACGUUCCGAAAAGCUUCAAGCUGGAGAAGUCACAGAGCCCAGCACAACAAGUGGCACCCGGUACGGUGCCACUACAGAUUUCACCCGAACAACUACAGCAGCUACAACAGCUACAACAAUUCCAUCAAUUGCAACAUGGCCCACCCUUCGCAGCCGUACAAGUCAAACAGGAGUUUCCCACACAACAUCAUACCUUGUCGGCGGGAGGCGGCGGCGCAGCCGAUCUUAAACAUACGGGCAUGCUGGAUGCUGCCACACAGGGCCAGUUACAGCAAAUGCAGUUAGCCGCUGCGGCGGCUGAUGCCAAUGGCGGUGUUGGCCCCAAUAGCCCGGCAAAUCAACAAAACGCAAAUAAUGGUCUGCAGCCGCAACAUUCAACCACCAUAAGCACUAUGUCACCCAUGCAAUUGGCCACCGCCACAGGACAAGUGACUGCAGCGAAUGAUUGGACUCAGGGACGCCUGCAAAUCAUGCAACCAUCUACGAGUUUCAUCUAUCCCCAUUUAAUGCUGCCGGGCAAUCUGAUUCAUUCGAGCUUAGGUCAACAGCCCAUACAGGUCAUUACGGCGGGAAAAACUUUUCAGGGUGGGGCUCCUCAAAUUGUUGCCACUACACAGAAUGCUAAGCAAAUGUCCAUUGCGGGCAAUGCUACCUUUCCUAGUGGUACCACCUAUGCCAUACCCUCCAGUCAAUCACAACAGACGCUACUAUUCUCACCAGUUAAUGUUAUUUCACAAUCACCGCAGCAACAGAAUAUGCUGCAGGUAAUGACACAGGCUGCUGCGAAUGCCCAACAGCAGCAGCAGCAACAACAACAGCAGCAGCAACAACAACAACAGCAACAGCAGCAACAACAGAAAACCGUAGAUGGUCAAAAGGGUUUGCAACAGAAGGUGGUGCAAAAGGUUACGACCACCACAAACACAGUGCAGUCAGCUGCAGCUCCCAAUGUUGGCCAACAGCAGCAACAACAAGCCCAACAACAGUGCGUCCAAGUAAAUUCCCAGACUGCUGCUGGUAUGGCGGGUGGAGCUACUCAAAUCAUAAGUCCCUUACAACAGACUACGGGAGCGCCUCAGCCAUUGCAGAUAAAUGCCACACCAUGGGGGGUACCAUUCUGGUCAAAUGGUUUGCAGCAAUUGGCACAGAAUCAAAUUAUAAUUCGGGGCACACAACCCGAUGGAACGCAGGGUGUGUUUAUACAACAGCCCACAGGGCCGACGUUGCAAGCCCAACAACAGAAUCAAAUCACCCUACAAUGCACUCAAACACCCACCAAACAACGAACGCAACUCGAUCAGUUGCAAGCCGCUACAAAGCAACAACAAGCCACGGGGCAAACGCAUGCCCAACAAGUGGCCAGUGCUGCCAACACUCAAAUGCAAGUCAACCAACAACAACAGCAACAAGCGGCUAACGCUGCUGCAGUGCAACAACAACAGCAGCAGCAGGCUGUAGUAGCAGCUCACUUGCAACAACAAGCUGCUGUUGUGGCUGCCGCCAAUCAGAGGGGCACCACACAAAUUAUGCCCCAAACCGGAGGUGCCCAAAUACGACCGGCUUCUUCGGUUUCUACGCAGACGGCUCAAAAUCAAAGUUUGCUUAAGCAAAAAAUGCGCACCAAGCAACAGGCAGUACGGCCGGCUCUGACGCAAAUGAAAACCGAACAGAAUACAGUGCAACAAGUGCAGCAGCAGGUUGUAAAAACCCAAGCGACCACCGUGGCCGGUCUGCAACAAAUGACAGCGGCUGUGGCCGCCCAGCAGCAACAACAAGGACAACCCACAGUACAUCAGGUGGUCACGUCCGGUGGCAAGCAGAUGGUGGUGAUGAGUGCUGGCACCCCAAUCACCAUACAGAAUGGCCAAACCUUGCAACAGGCUGUUGACAAGCAGCAGCAACAACAACAGCAGCAACAGCAAUUGCAGUUACAACAAAUACAGAAGCAACAGCAGCAGCAACAACAAGUUUUGUUGCAACAGCAAUUGCUUCAACAGCAAAUCGCUCAAAUCCAAUUGCAACAACAGCAGGCAGUGCAACAGCAACAACAACAGCAGCUGCAACAAGCUGCGGCCGUUCAACAGCAGCAAGUUGGUCAGGCUCAACAACAACAGGCGCAAAUUCAGCUUCAGGUUGGGUCACAAGCCUUCAUAACCACCCAGCAACAGCAGCAAUUGCAAAAUCAAAUUAUGCAACAGCACCAGCACUUGCAACAACAACACCAACACCAACAGCAACAACAGCAGCAGCAGCGCGACUCCCAGCAGCAACAACAACAGCAGCAGGCGCAAGCGGGCCAAAAUAUCAUACAUCAAAUAGUGGUGGCUCAAUCGCCGCAGCAGCAGCAGCAACAACAACAACAGCAGCAGCAGGCGCAACAGCUUCAGCAGCAAAUCACAGCAGUUCCCUUCUCGGUGUCGUCUUCGACACCCGCCUCUAUAGCCACGUCGGCUGGUGCCGCCAUGCAACAUGUGACGUAUCAAACUAAAACAUCCAAUUCACUACCAACCACAUCGGUCGUAACGAUUUCCAAUCAAACUGGACCUUUGGUCACCAGUACUGUGGGUUUGAGUCAGACCCAAUUGCAUCAACAACAGUUAAUAGCGGCUACGAUUGCUGCCUCACAGCAACAACAACAGCAACAGUUGCAACAGCAGCAACAACAACAAUUAGUGGCUGUGGCUCAACAACAACAGCAGCAGCAGCAAGCACAACAACAACAAGCUCAACAAUGUCAGCAACAACAGACGGUUAUGCCACCACCAUCAUCUCCUGCUCAGAAUCCCAUACUAGCCAUGGCCUCCAUGAUGAAUGCCGCUGCUGGCGGCAACCUAAAUACCACCUCAUCCUUGAGUGGUGUAGCCAACAAUACCGCAGUCCCCAUGACCUCACCCUUGGCUAAUAGCAAUGCCAGCGUUACAAGUGUCUCAUCCCUGCCCACUACACCCUCAAAGAGCGGUGCGGAUCAGAUCAAAAAUGGCUCCAGUGCGCCCAGCACACCAAGUACCACGACGGGUGGUGCCGGUGGUCAGACAAAUGUCCAUAUUUUAUCAGCUCCCUCAACUCCGGCCCUAAGUUCAGAUGCUGGCACAAAGGAUACACCAUCGAAAUCAAAUGACUUGAAUCGAUCAGCGGAUAAUGCAACACCUACCGGGACACUGCACACCAUGUCAAUGGGCGGUGGUGGUGUUAACAGUCAAGAAACAGAUAACUUGUCCAAUUUGCCGGCACCACAAGCCCAAGUUUCGCCAACGAUACCUUCGACGAAUAAUUUAUCGAUGAGCGGAGUGCAAGAAUCAUCGCAAAUGAAUUUAGAUGCUACAGCACCACAACCCAUAGAUGUCAUAGAGGAACACAAUCAACAGCAAAAUGAAAAUUCUGAAUUGAAACAAUCCAACGAUGUACAAUCGACAACGCAAGCUUUGAGUUAUACCAAUAAUGAUUCGCCCUCAAAGUCCAUGAAAGCUCCCUCCAGUACUACAUCCUCGGAGGCCGGGGAAAAAUCUACUGCCACCCUGACAGCUAAUUUUGUUUCUACAGCGCCAGAAGAGGCCUUGGCCACUUCGGUGGCAUCCUCUGUGGCUGCUGUAAACACAAGUACAACCGCGUCCAGCAUGACUACUACGCCGUCAUCAACGACAACCUCCAGCACUACGACAUCUUGUACUUCGUCCACCACAACUUCAUCGACAUUUACUACCACCAGCACUACUAACAACAGCUCUUCUCUUAUCUCAACGCCGACAACUAAAUCUGCGGUAGGACCUCCACCGAAGACAACACCCGGUGCCACAAUUGUUAAAGUAGAAAAAGAUUUGCCCAAGGCUAUGAUAAAACCCAACGUCUUAACUCAUGUCAUCGAUGGUUUCAUAAUCCAGGAAGCCAAUGAACCAUUCCCCGUUUCAAGGAAACGUUACACGGACAAAGAUGAUAGUGAUGAAUUGCCACAGAAAAAACAAGCGCUGGAAGACUCAACCAACAACAAUGGCAACAACAACACCAAUGCCCUGGCGACCAGCCCUCUACCACCCGAUAUGGUGGCAUGCGAACAAUGUGGCAAGGCUGAACAUAAGACAAAAUUGAAAAAGAAACGUUAUUGUUCACCCACUUGUGCCCGCCAGGCUAAGGCUUCCAUGGGUGGUCAUGAACAACAACUGCAGCAGCAGCAGCAGCAACAGAAUCAACAUAGUGAUAAUAAUGGAGGUGUGACAGCAGCUUCAUUAUCCCUAACUAAUGCUACCAAUAAUGAUGGAACAUCAACGAAUGUUAAUAAUCUUAGUAAUAGCAUGUCUAUGGAUAUAAGUCAAACAUUGGUGACAGCAGCAACGGCUCCCAUGGUACCGGUUAAUGUGGGUAUGGUUGAUACACCGCUAGUGGCUGCUAUGCCCAUGAUGGCCGCUCCAACGCUGGCCCCAGCACCCGUACAAUUACCUAUGCCUGCUGCUGCUGCGGCCAUUAUGAAUGAUGUGGUGGGAGGUGGUGGUCAACAAACUGCCAAUGCUCAAAUAGCUGCCAUACCCACAGCGGCGGCCACCAUGAAUGUGGCACCCAAUACAGCUGCCACCACUGCCGCUACCGCCAUGAUGGAUCAACAACAACCACAAAUGGCCAAUUGGACGGUGGCAGAUGUUUGUGAAUUUAUUAAGAAUUUACCAGGAUGCACAGACUAUGUGGAUGAUUUCGAACAGCAAGAGAUUGAUGGUCAGGCUCUGCUGUUGCUCAAAGAGAAUCACUUGGUCAAUGCCAUGGGCAUGAAAUUGGGGCCGGCUCUCAAGAUUGUGGCUAAAGUGGAAUCAAUGAAAGAGGUGUCAGCGGCUGCUUUAAAUGCCGCCAAUAAUGCUGCUAAUAAUAGCAUGGAUAUGCAAUAAAGAAAGAAUGAGAAGAAGACGAAUUCUUCCAAAUGUAUAUAAUGCGAACGAGGAGGUGGUAGCCCUUUCUAACAAACUAUCAUACUCACACAGGCACACUAACCAGACAUUAAACAAAGCAUUAUAAGCCGAGAUACAUUUACAUUUAUUUAGCAUUAUAAUUAAUUGAAGAUGGCUGUAUUAUAUAAACUUACUAAGAGAAUUUUGAAUAUAGAUAUUAACUAAAGAAAUACGCGGAGGGUGGGAGUAGGGGAGAGAAUGAGAUUCACUUUCAUUGGCAGGUUAAUCUUGUGUUUGUCAAACAUUUGCUGAAGGGAUAUUUCAAAUCUACUGCCCUCCCCCCCACAUACACUGACAAUUUCCACUAAGUUGUAAAUAAUUAUUGAUAAAAAAAAACCAACUAUUCGUAAUAAUACUUUUAAAUAAUCUUAUAUACAUAUUUUUAAAUGUCUCCUUCUUCCCCUCUAAAAUUUGGGGGUUAAAAAUCAACUCUUACAAGUGUAAAUGAUUUUGUUUCCAUACCCUGGGGUUGGUGGCAAGUUGUCAUCGCCGACACCUCACAUCAUUUAAGUAUUCCCUUCUCCAUUUUUUUUUUGAUAUUUUUUGUUUGUUUUUUUUUUUAUACAUACCUCUUUUUUAAUAGUUUAAACUCUAUUUAUUUUUCACCCUUCCUCUACUAGAGGAACAACCUUCUCCCAUACCUACUAUCUUUAAGAUACACAUAGCAUUGUAAUUAGAAAACCUUUACAAAAUUGAGUUAAAAAAUGUUACGUGUUUUUUGCGUUUUUUAUUUUACGAUAUUGCUGCUCCCUCUUUUUUAAGGAGUUUUCAAUUUUAUUGCAAUAAACUCAGAUUUUGUAUGGCAAGUAGAGAUUUUUUAUUACUCCCUUUUUUGUAAUACAACUACCCAAAAUACAUAGACAUACCGUACAAUAGAAAUAAACAACAAUGACUCUUUUUUUAGUUUUUAGUCGAGAUUUUAUGUUUCUUAGUUGCAUAAGUAACUUUUUUUAUUACAUUAAUAAUUGAUGAAUAAAUAAAUUCACUGGGAAGUGUUUAAAACAUUGUAAA